CAAUCACUAUAGUUGCUUAAGCAAUGUUUCAACGGAAACCACCCUUGCAAAUUGUUCUUUCCCACUCCCACUGAGCCUACCUAAAAGCAUUGCUGAUCUUGCUACCUUUCUUCUCUCCAAUAACAUGUCUAUGAGACGUUGAACACUCAUAGAAAGUGCACCAUUCUGCUCAAAUCUCUUAUUUAUACUUCCUUUAUAAUUGUCACAACCACCCCCAACAUACGACUGUUUGAUUUAUAACAAGUAACAUUCUUUUCCACAACCAACCUCGCAGGUUGCAUUAAAUUAUUACUAAGGAUAUCUUUUUCUAUUAUUUGUUUGUUUAUAUGCCAAUCGUAUACACUAGUAACAUGUUCCCUUAGAUGCAGUAAAGCAUCAUGGUCUGUCCUGUGUUCACACUUCACAAACACAUUCUAGAUUGUUUUUGCCUUUUGGUCUAUCAAUCCCCAUAUAUGUACGUAGCUACAAAGCAUAGUUCUUGGAAACUCACAAGUUGAGGAACGUUAUGUCUUUCAUGUGGAUCAUUUUCCUUUGUUAUCAUACACUUGUGUUUCUUUCUCAAAUUUCCUUGGCAGUUGACUCCGUUUCUCAAGACUCGUUCCUAAGUGAUGAUACUAAUAACACCUUAGUUUCCAAAGAUGGAACCUUUGAACUUGGAUUCUUCACCCCGGGAAAUUCUCAGAAACGUUACCUGGGAAUUUGGUACAAGAAAAUCCCAAUUCAAACUGUUGUUUGGGUUGCUAAUAGGCUCAAUCCAAUCAAUGAUUCAUCUGGCAUGUUUAGAUUGAACACUAGUACUGGAAACCUUGUACUCACUCAGAAUGACACUGUUGUUUGGUCUACAACUUCUCAGAGAAAACCAAAGAGUCCAAUAGCUCUUCUAUUAGAUUCUGGCAAUCUUGUGAUAAGAGAUGAGAAUGAUGCAAACACUGAAGCCUACUUGUGGCAGAGUUUUGAUUACCCAACUGAUACUUUCUUACCAGAAAUGAAGUUUGGUUGGGACUUGAGAACUGGUCUUAAUAGGCAACUAACAGCUUGGAAGAGUCCUGAUGAUCCAUCUCCUGGUGAUUUCUCUUUUGGUAUGGUGCUUCAUAACUAUCCUGAUGCAUAUAUGAUGAAGGGCAACCAAAAGUUCUAUAGAAGUGGACCAUGGAAUGGCUUGCAUUCAAGUGGUUCACCACAAGUAAGGUCCAAUCCCAUUUAUGAUUUCGAGUUUGUUUACAAUAAGGAUGAAGUUUAUUACACAUAUAGCCUUAAGACCUCAUCUGUGAUCUCAAGGAUAAUACUGAAUGGAACAAGCUAUGUUCGAAGGCGUUAUGUGUGGAUUGAAUUAGAAGGAAGGUGGGAGGUCUACACUUCAGUGCCAUUGGACUUAUGUGAUAGUUAUGCCCUUUGUGGAGCAUAUGCAAGUUGUGUUAUUUCAGAUUCACCAGUGUGCCAAUGUUUGGAGGGGUUCAAGCCUAAGUCACCUCAAGCAUGGAACUCCAUGGAUUGGUCUAAUGGAUGUGUCCGCAAUAAGCCAUUAAGCUGUGAGGACAUACACAAGGAUGGAUUUAUCAAAUUGACUGGCCUUAAAGCUCCUGAUACUACACAUAGUUGGUGGGAUCAGACAAUUGGUUUAGAAGAAUGCAGAGCCAAGUGCUUGGAAAACUGUUCUUGCAUGGCUUAUGCAAAUUCAGAUGUUAGUGGACAAGGGAGUGGCUGUGCCAUGUGGUUUGGAGAGUUAAUUGAUAUUAGACAGUUUGCAGCUGGAGGCCAGGAUCUGUAUGUUAGAAUGGAUGCUUCAGAGUUAGGACAUGCCAAUGAGGGCCACAAGAAGGGGGGAGUCCUGGUGGCAGUGACAGUUUCUUUGGCUGUGGUAGCCCUUUCUGGUAUACUAAUACUUGGUUGGUGGUAUAGAAAGAAAUCCCACACCAAGGUGAAAGAGAAAUCAGAUUUCAUUAUCAAAGCAGAUCAAAACAGUGGAAUGCUUGUGGAUGAUAUGGAUCUUCCAGUCUUUGAAUUAUCAACAAUAGCCAAGGCAACUAACAAUUUUACGAUCAACAACAAAAUUGGAGAAGGUGGUUUUGGACCUGUAUACAGGGGAGCUCUAGCAGAAGAGCUGCAAAUUGCUGUGAAGAGGCUUUCAACAAGCUCAGGACAAGGAUUGACUGAGCUAAAAAAUGAAGUAAAAUUGAUUGCAAAACUUCAACACCGCAAUCUUGUAAAGCUUCUUGGAUGUUGCCUUGAAGGAGAGGAAAAAAUGUUGGUUUAUGAAUACAUGCCAAAUGGGAGCCUGGACUCAUUUAUUUUUGAUCAGCAAAAAAGUGAAUUACUAGACUGGUCAAAGCGGUUCCACAUUAUAUGCGGAAUUGCUAAAGGACUUCUGUAUCUGCAUCAAGAUUCCAGACUAAGGAUUAUUCACAGGGAUCUCAAAGCAAGCAAUGUUUUACUUGAUAAUGAGUUGAACCCCAAAAUUUCAGACUUUGGCAUGGCAAGAAUUUUUGGAAGAGAUCAGAACGAAGGAAACACAAAGAGAAUAGUUGGAACUUAUGGUUAUAUGGCACCAGAAUAUGCAACUGAUGGGUUAUUUUCAGUAAAAUCUGAUGUUUUCAGCUUUGGAGUGUUAUUGCUAGAGAUUAUAUCUGGAAAGAGAAGUAGAGGGUAUUAUAAUCAGAACCACAGUCAUAAUCUCAUAGGCCAUGCAUGGAAACUUUGGAAGGACGGAAGACCACUAGAACUGAUUGAUAAAAGCCUAGUAGACUCUUGUUUUGAGUCACAAAUGUUGCAUUGCAUUCAUGUUAGUCUCUUGUGUGUUCAACAGCAUCCAGAGGAUAGGCCUGGAAUGUCAUGUGUGCUCCUAAUGUUAGUGAGUGAGUUUGAAUUGCCUGAGCCAAAACAGCCAGGAUUCUUUGGAAAAUAUUCAGAUGAAGCAGACUCAUUCACAAGUAAGCAGCAACUAAGUUCAGCAAAUGAAAUAACCAUUACCUUAUUAGAAGCUCGUUGAUAUUCUUUGCAAGGCACAUCCAUGUCGAUGUUGUAUAUAUGCACAAUAUUUUAUUAGAAAUUAACUUAUGAUCAAGGACUACGCUCUCU